AUGAGCUGCUACGACUUUCGCUAUCGAGCUGCAGCCCAGUGGUUUCUAUCCAACAUAUCCCUUGACGGAAUCUCCUGUGAUUUUUCGAAAUCUAGCAAGUGCGGUCGAGGUGUAGUAAGCCAAGGCUUUCUGGCAAUUGCUGAGGAUGAUGAAAAAGAUGGCUUGCAAUUCGCUGAUCAUCCCAAAAUAUCUGCAGGUAGUCACAAGUCGGACCUUUCUCGGUCUCAGAAAUCGCCAGAUUUUGCAACGCGUAAAAAUGUGUGCUUUGGUGAGGUAUUCGAAGAAGGUACGAUGAGUGGAAAUGAGCCUCCGGCUUCUAUUCGUCCAAAUCCUGUUCGCUCGAUAUCGAGUAUCUCAGGUCAAAUGUAUUUGAAACACGAGCUCUUAACCCACGCAGGCAAUGAAUCCUUCAGGUUCGCUAUCUCAACAGUAGGUCAACGAAGACCUCCAAUUAUUGUGGCUUCUGUAAUCCCCAUCUCACGCGAUCCUCUCAUGCUGUCGGGCAUUCCAAAAGUACAAAAUGGAACAGCUGGAACAAUUUUGGGUGGAAGUGGUAGUAGUAGACAGCGCUCUGUUCCAGAGAUGCCAACCGCAUUGCUCAACACCCUAUUCCGCCAUAAUACCAGCGGCAAUGUCAACGCCAACUCUCCCAUAAACAACUGUCCUCGAUCUGGUUCUCUCGGUCAAGAGGAAAAUCUAGCCGUUGCUAAACCUCUAAGCUAUUCCAAGCCAGUUGACUCUAUUGAGCGCUCUUAUGCGCAUUUUCUGUUUCCUCGGAGAUCUCUACAGCACUCCUUGAGUCUUGCUACUCCUUCAACAGCAAAUCUUCGUCAGAGUGGUCGUAGAAGGAGGGCGGAGACGGUUGCUGGUGAUGAGGUUCAAGAUUCGGAAAAGAUCCCCUCGAAGUCUCCCUCCACAACGACAGAAAGUAACAGCAGGCAGUGUCGCAGUCGCUCGCAUACUCUCUCCUUCUCUAGCAUGGCAUCUGCAAUUUCCAGACAUGAUGGGAGCUCGUCUCCUCUUCGUGAUGUCGGUGGUUGGGGUCACCAUUCCAUCGAUUCAACUGCAUAUCCAUCGAGUUCGGAGAAUAUGCAGCCAUCACAUGCAGUUAUUUAUGAGGAUCCACUUAUCAAAUAUAAUCCCCUACUAUUAGAUGAUCCCAUGGUACCUCGGGUAACCAAUAGACGCGUGUUCCCAUUUCAGGGCUACAUGACGAGUAUUUUGGGCUACAGGCGGGCGGAUGAGCACAAGAAGAGCAUCAACCGGGAGUUUCACCAACGUUUUCCAAAUGUCCAAUUAACACUCACCAAAAUGCGCAGUAUUAAACUCAACAUCCUCGCCAUCGCCCUAAGGAUGAACUUGGAUCUCUGGAUCGUGGCCCACGCCUAUGUCCUCUUUGAGAAAAUGAUCCUCAAGCUGUUUGUUUGCAAGGCAAACAGGAAACUCUGCGCUGGGGCGGCCUUGCUUAUCAGUGCCAAGUUAAACGAUCUCAAGGGACCAGCUAUGCCCGCUUUUAUUCAGGAGAUUGAGAAUGAGUUUCGAAUAUCUCAUCGGGAUCUAAUUCACAUGGAAAUGGCAGCAUUCAUUGGAUUGGAGUUUUGUGUGCUUCCAAAUCCAACGGAGGCGUUUCCACACUUCACACAGAUCCAGAAAUCCCUCGGAGUUGUGGUCACGACGCCAUGUUGUCUCUCCGUUCCCACUCGCACACAUUCUCUUGAAGGCGAAAACCUUCAGUCACACCUUUCUUCUCCUUCCGUUGUGGAGUAA